GGGAUGUCUGCCCCCUGAUCUCUUUGUGUGUAUGUGAGAAUGUUAGCUAGCCUGUGAGAGAGGGAGAGACGAUAGGGAGUAUGUAACGUGUUCGAUUGUGAGAUUUUCGAAAUACAAAAAACCUAGUAAACCGGACAUUGGCGUCUCAGUCUAAUCAACCUGAAUAUAUACAAAUAUACAUCUCAGAAUAUAAAAUACCAAGGGAAGAAAGAGGAACUAUCUCAACGUGGGACCGCGUUGUACAUUCUUAUUAUCAAUUCACGAUACAUUUCGAGCAGUGGAAUUGUUUUGGUUGAUUGCCCCCUCCACCCCCAUCCUUUAUUUCUUUUCAUUUUCCCUCCUCCCUCUCCGAGACGGUCAUACCGAGUGUGUGGACGACAACCCGGAUAAGAAAACUAUUUAUUUGUAUCCAAAACUAGGUAGUUAAUUUAAAUAAAGCCGACAUGUCCGGCAGCGAGGACGAUAGGGACGAUUUCGGAGCCCCAGAAGACCGGUCGCUCAUCCAAGAUGACGAUGACUUGGAUGAGGAAAUGUCAGAUGGCGAUGCGCCAAAGGUGAAGAAAAAGAAGAAGGCCAAGAGGAGCCGCGAGAGCAAGAGUGGCAAACGGCAGAGAGUUCGUCGUGAGGACUUGGCGGGCAGCUCCCCAGAGGCAGUAGAAGGUCUCGAUGCUGAAGACGGAGAUGAGGAGGAAGGGGCUGGCGUCAGGUCAGACAGCGAGGGGAGCGAUUAUACUCCAGGCAGGAAGAAGAAGAAGCGAGGGAGUUCGGCAAAGGAGAGGAAGAGGGGGACGAGUGGCGAGAGAGAGAAGAUCUCAGGAAGCUCCAGCAACAAAAGCAAACGGAAAGAGCCCGAGCCGGAAGACGAGGAAGACGAAGAUGAUGACAACCAGGAGCCCAAGACCUCUGCCCAGCUGCUAGAUGAAUGGGGAAUGGAAGACAUUGACCAUGUCUUCACACAGGAGGACUAUGGCACCCUCACAAACUACAAAGCAUUCAGCCAGUUUGUCAGGCCGCUCAUCGCAGCCAAGAACCCCAAGAUCGCCGUAUCCAAGAUGAUGAUGGUUUUGGGUGCUAAGUGGCGUGAGUUCAGCACCAACAACCCUCUGCGGGGCUCGGCCAGCGCCACAGCGGCCCUGGCAGCAGCCAAUGUGGCUGCCGCCGUGGAGAGCAUGGUGGCCAGUGGCACGGAAGUUGGGCCGGUCUCAGGGACAGUGGGCCUGGCCAGCACCACCCCGGUCGCCCCAGCUCCCGCCGCUGCAGCCCAACCUCAGGUUCCCCCUGUGGCUCCGUUGCGCAAGGCCAAGACCAAGGAGGGCAAAGGUCCAAACGCGCGCAAAAAACCAAAAGCUCCCCCCAAGCCUCCAGAGAAGAAGGUGAAAACCAAGAAGGUGGCCCCGCUGAAGAUCAAAUUGGGAGGCUUCAACAGCAACAAGAGGAAGCGCUCUUCGAGUGAAGAAGAUGAGGUGGACGUGGACAGUGACUUUGACGACGGCAGCUUGAACAGUUUCUCUGUGUCUGAUGGGUCCAACAGCCGCAGUAGCCGCUCAAAGAAAAAAAGCAAGACAUCUAAGAAGAAGAAGAAAGAAGAGGAUGGCGAUGGCUAUGAGACGGACCACCAGGACUACUGCGAAGUCUGUCAGCAGGGGGGCGAAAUCAUCCUUUGCGACACGUGCCCCCGCGCAUAUCACAUGGUCUGCCUGGAUCCCGAUAUGGAGAAGGCUCCCGAGGGCAAGUGGAGCUGUCCCCACUGCGAGAAGGAGGGAGUGCAGUGGGAGGCGAGGGAGGACGGCUCAGAAGGGGAGGAGGAUAACGAGGGGGAGGGCCGCAGGGACGGAGGCGACACUGAGGAAGAUGACCACCACAUGGAGUUCUGCCGCGUUUGCAAAGACGGUGGGGAACUGCUGUGCUGUGACUCCUGCCCCUCGUCCUACCACAUCCACUGCCUGAACCCUCCCCUGCCUGAGAUCCCCAAUGGCGAGUGGAUCUGCCCCCGCUGCACUUGUCCACCCAUGAAGGGAAAAGUCCAGAAGAUCCUGACUUGGCGCUGGAGAGAGCCCCCACCCCCAACCCCAGUGCCCCGACCUCCCAACCUUCCUGACGACGCCCCCGAUCCUGCCCCUCUGGCUGGCCGCCCGGAGAGGGAAUUCUUUGUCAAAUGGAGCAAUAUGUCCUACUGGCACUGCUCUUGGGUUUCUGAGCUACAGUUGGAGCUGCACUGUCAGGUGAUGUUCCGGAACUAUCAGCGCAAGAAUGAUAUGGACGAGCCCCCACCUGUGGACUUCGGUGGCGAGGGGGAUGAGGAUAAAAGCACUAAAAGGAAGAACAAGGACCCGUAUUUUGCUCAGAUGGAGGAGAGGUUCUAUCGCUUUGGCAUCAAGAUGGAAUGGAUGAUGAUUCACCGCAUCCUGAAUCACAGUGUCGAUAAGAAGAAUAAUAUUCAUUACUUGAUCAAGUGGCGGGAUUUGCCAUAUGAUCAGGCAUCCUGGGAGAGUGAGGACAUGGAUAUCCAGGAGUAUGAUGCCUACAAGCUGAUGUACUGGAAUCACAGGGAGCUCAUGAUGGGAGAUGACGGUAGACCCAGCAAGAAGCUGAAGAUGAAGCUAAGCAGAAUUAAGAAGCUGGACCGGCCUCCUGCGAAUCCCGUCGUGGACCCCACCAUCAAGUUCGAGAGGCAGCCAGAAUACCUGGACAGCACCGGUGGCACGCUGCACCCCUACCAGCUGGAGGGGCUCAACUGGCUGCGGUUCUCCUGGGCCCAGGGCACCGAUACCAUUCUGGCCGACGAGAUGGGGCUGGGCAAGACGGUCCAGACCGCGGUUUUCCUUUACUCGCUCUACAAGGAGGGUCACUCCAAAGGCCCAUUUCUGGUGAGCGCACCUCUGUCCACAAUCAUUAACUGGGAGCGAGAGUUUGAGAUGUGGGCCCCGGACAUGUACGUGGUAACGUAUGUGGGCGACAAGGAUAGCCGAGCUGUUAUCCGCGAGAAUGAAUUCACCUUUGAGGACAAUGCCAUCCGGGGUGGGAAGAAGGCCUCCCGAAUGAAGAAAGAGGCAUCUGUGAAGUUUCAUGUGCUGCUGACCUCCUAUGAGCUGAUCACCAUCGACAUGGCCAUCCUUGGCUCUAUCCAGUGGGCCUGUCUGGUUGUUGAUGAGGCCCACAGGCUCAAGAACAACCAGUCGAAGUUCUUCAGGGUGCUCAAUAACUACCAUCUCCAACACAAGCUGCUGUUGACUGGAACUCCGCUGCAGAACAACUUGGAGGAGCUCUUCCACCUCCUUAACUUCCUCACCCCAGAGAGAUUCAAUAACCUGGAGGGCUUCCUGGAGGAGUUCGCUGAUAUCGCCAAGGAGGACCAGAUCAAGAAGCUGCACGACAUGCUGGGGCCUCACAUGCUGCGUAGGCUGAAGGCCGACGUGUUCAAGAACAUGCCGUCCAAGACGGAGCUGAUCGUGCGCGUGGAGCUCAGCCCCAUGCAGAAGAAGUACUACAAGUUCAUCUUGACACGCAACUUUGAGGCUCUGAACACUCGUGGAGGAGGCAACCAGGUGUCUUUGCUUAAUGUGGUGAUGGACCUGAAGAAAUGCUGCAACCACCCCUACCUCUUCCCGGCGGCUGCCAUGGAAGCCCCGAAAAUGCCCAAUGGGAUGUAUGAUGGCAGUGCCCUGACCAAGGCGGCCGGGAAACUCAUGCUGCUGCACAAGAUGCUGAAGAAGUUGAAGGAGGGGGGGCACAGAGUGCUCAUCUUCUCUCAGAUGACUAAGAUGUUGGACUUGCUGGAAGACUUUCUAGAGAACGAGGGAUAUAAGUAUGAAAGGAUUGAUGGAGGUGUCACUGGAGGAAUGAGGCAGGAGGCUAUUGAUAGGUUUAACGCUCCUGGAGCUCCCCAGUUUGCUUUCCUGCUCUCGACCAGGGCGGGAGGCCUGGGUAUCAACCUGGCCACCGCUGACACCGUCAUCAUUUAUGACUCGGACUGGAACCCUCACAAUGACAUUCAGGCAUUCAGCAGAGCGCAUCGUAUAGGUCAAAACAAGAAAGUGAUGAUCUAUCGCUUUGUCACCAAGGCCUCUGUGGAGGAAAGGAUCACUCAGGUAGCAAAGAAGAAGAUGAUGCUGACCCACUUGGUGGUGAGGCCAGGUUUGGGUUCCAAGACAGGCUCCAUGUCUAAGCAGGAGCUGGAUGACAUCCUUAAGUUUGGCACAGAGGAACUUUUCAAAGAUGAGAUUGGCGAAGGGGACAAUAAGGAGGAGGACAGCAGUGUGAUUCACUAUGACGACAAGGCCAUCGAACGGCUGCUUGACCGCAACCAGGAUGCCACGGACGACACAGAGAUCCAGAGCAUGAACGAAUACCUCAGCUCCUUCAAGGUCGCCCAAUACGUGGUGAAAGAUGAGGAUGAGGAAGAGGAGGAAGUUCAGCGUGAGAUCAUCAAGCAGGAGGAGAGCGUGGACCCCGACUACUGGGAAAAGCUCCUGCGUCACCACUACGAGCAGCAGCAGGAGGACCUGGCGCGCAACCUGGGCAAGGGCAAGCGCAUCCGCAAGCAGGUCAACUACAACGACGGCUCGCAGGAGGACCGAGGUAGUAGGCGGGACUGGCAGGAUGACCAAUCGGACAACCAGUCUGAUUAUUCCGUGGCAUCGGAAGAGGGUGAUGAGGACUUUGACGAGCGGUCGGAGGGGAACUCGCGCAGACCCAGCAGGAAGGGCCUGAGGAAUGACAAGGACAAACCACUGCCCCCCCUGCUGGCCAGAGUUGGUGGCAACAUUGAGGUACUGGGCUUCAACGCCCGUCAGAGGAAAGCCUUCUUGAAUGCAGUGAUGCGUUAUGGGAUGCCCCCCCAAGAUGCCUUCACCACACAGUGGCUGGUCAGGGACCUGCGAGGGAAAUCCGAGAAGGAGUUCAAGGCCUAUGUAUCUCUCUUCAUGCGUCACCUGUGUGAACCUGGCGCAGAUGGGGCGGAGACCUUUGCUGAUGGCGUCCCGCGCGAGGGCCUGUCACGCCAGCAUGUCCUCACACGCAUUGGCGUCAUGUCCCUAAUCCGGAAGAAGGUCCAGGAGUUCGAGCACGUCAACGGCCAGUGGUCUAUGCCCUGGAUGAUGGAGCUGGAAGAGAACAAGAAGGCGGCCCGGCCUGAUUCUCCUGGGAACCCCAAAACACCGUCCACGGGGACACCGGCAGACACCCAGCCAAACACACCCGCCCCGGCCCCUAAAACGCCCCCUACUGGCACACCUGCAGACACGCAGCCCAACACACCUGCCACAGAAGACCCAUCGAAGUCUGAAGACUCUGUGAAGGAGGAAAAAACUGAGGGAGGAGAAGACAAGGAAGGAAAGGAGUCCAACAAGACGCAGGAGCCGGAGAUCAUCGAGAUCCCAGACGAGGAGAAGAAGCCCCCUUCCCCACAAAAGAAAGAGAAGGAGAGUGAGGUUGUGGAGAAGGAUGGAGUGAGUGGUGAGGUAGACAGGGAGAAACAGGAAGCCGAGAAGGAGAAGCUGAUGGAAGCAGCAGAAGAGAAGGGCUCUCCUAAAGAGGUCAAGGGUGAGGGGUCAGAGGUCAAGGCCAAACAGGAUGAGUCUGAGGCAAAAGCAGAAGAAAAGAAGGAAGAGAAGCUGGAGAAGAUGGACACAAGUCCUCCUGCUGAUGAGAAGAAAGAUCAAAAGGACGACAAAGACAAAACUGAGGAGCCGGCCAAGCUGCAGAACGGGGAUAGUGCCAAAGAUGGGGGUGUGGUAGGCGCUGAGGAGAAGAAGAAGGCCGCCAAGCAGCGGUUCAUGUUCAAUAUCGCCGAUGGCGGAUUCACAGAGCUGCACUCCCUGUGGCAGAACGAGGAGAGGGCUGCGACUGUCACCAAGAAGACUUAUGAGAUAUGGCACCGUCGGCAUGACUAUUGGCUGCUGGCCGGCAUCAUCCAACAUGGCUAUGCCCGCUGGCAGGACAUCCAGAACGAUGUGAAGUACGCCAUCCUCAAUGAGCCUUUCAAAGGUGAGAUGAACCGGGGAAAUUUCCUUGAGAUCAAGAACAAGUUCCUCGCCAGGAGGUUCAAGCUCCUGGAGCAGGCCCUGGUGAUUGAGGAGCAGCUGAGGAGAGCGGCCUACCUCAACAUGUCCGAAGACCCAUCCCACCCCUCCAUGGCCCUAAACACACGCUUCAGCGAGGUUGAGUGUUUGGCCGAGUCCCACCAGCACCUCAGCAAGGAGUCUAUGUCCGGAAACAAGCCUGCAAACGCCGUACUCCACAAAGUGCUGAAACAGUUAGAGGAGCUGCUCAGUGACAUGAAGGCGGAUGUUACCCGUCUUCCAGCGACCAUCGCUCGGAUACCACCCGUCGCUGUCAGGCUGCAGAUGUCGGAGAGGAAUAUCCUCAGCCGGUUGGCGAGCAGGGGCUCAGACACGCAGACGCAGCAGGUGACGCAACAGUAGCCUGCCUCAGGAUUGCCCUCCCUCUUACGCCUCCACCUCUACAUUCCUGAUUGGCUCCUGGAUGAUCACAUCACACCUCUGCUUCUUGAAGCCAUGCCCCCUUUACCCAAAUAAGGACAUGCAGCAAUUCUAAUGGCUGAUUCCUGGAGGCAGUGGAUAUGAUAGCAAUUGUUUUUUGUUUUUUUUUGUUUUUUUCUUUGAUGUUUGUUUCUUUACUUUUAAUAUAAUUAUUGUUAUAAUGUUAUUAUUUCUUUUAGGGACCUAAAAUAAAAAGGUAACAAUA